CUCGGCUGUCCGUCUCCUCGCAUUUGGCUCGGCAGCUGCUGCGGGGCGGCUUUGGGGACGAGAUGCUGAGACGUUAAUGUCAAAUAAACAGCAAUGACACGGAAUUCUGCACCUUUUCUACUUAAUAACGUGCAUUCUGCUUCUUUAAUAAGCUUUAUUUGCGCCUUAAAUACUAUCUAAUCCUAAUCUUAGAGCUGAUAUUGAUCCAUAUUGAUCCAUAGGGCUGAAAUUUGCAUUUGCAGAUUUUUUUUUUGGUCUUGCAUACCUCCUUCACUGGCUGGAUCAGAAAUAAAAAAAAACAGGUUUUUGUUUUGUUUUUGGAGAAGGGGUCAGUUAUUUAAACAGCGAGCUUGCAGUUGAACCCGAGUGAAGGCGAAGAGAAGAGAAUGCUAAAGGAUGAGUCAGAGGGACACACUGGUUCAUCUGUUUGCUGGAGGCUGUGGAGGCACGGUUGGUGCCAUCCUGACGUGUCCACUGGAGGUUGUAAAGACGAGGCUGCAGUCUUCCUCGGUGACGCUCUACAUCUCUGAGGUGCAGCUGAGCUCCGUGAACGGGGCCAGCGUCGCCCGAAUGUCUCCCCCAGGACCCCUGCACUGUCUUAAGUUGAUUUUAGAGAGAGAAGGUCCUCGUUCGCUCUUUCGUGGCCUCGGACCUAACCUGGUGGGCGUGGCUCCGUCCAGAGCGAUCUACUUCGCGGCCUACUCAACGGCCAAAGAGAAGCUAAACGGCGUACUGGAGCCCGACUCCACGCAGGUGCACAUGGUCUCCGCCGGCCUCGCAGGGUUCACAGCGAUCACGGCCACCAAUCCUAUCUGGCUCAUAAAGACUCGCCUACAGUUGGAUGCCAGGAACCGUGGGGAGAGGCGCAUGAGCGCGUUUGAGUGCGUGAGGCGCGUGUAUAAAGCCGACGGGCUACGCGGCUUUUACCGUGGCAUGUCGGCCUCCUAUGCGGGCAUCUCUGAGACUGUCAUUCAUUUCGUCAUCUAUGAGAGCAUCAAGCGUAAGCUCCUCGAGUCCAAGGCAAGUGCCAACAUGGAUGACGAAGACGAAUCGGUGAAGGACGCGUCCGACUUCGUCGGCAUGAUGCUGGCCGCUGCCACCUCCAAAACCUGCGCCACGUCCAUCGCGUAUCCACACGAGGUGAUCCGUACCCGGUUGCGAGAGGAAGGCAGCAAGUACCGCUCGUUCUUUCAGACUCUGAGCAUGGUGGUUAGAGAGGAAGGAUACAGAGCACUGUAUCGAGGCCUCACCACCCACCUCGUCCGCCAGAUCCCCAACACGGCCAUCAUGAUGUGCACCUACGAGCUGGUCGUCUACCUGCUCGACGGCUAAAACCGUGGAGGAAGAGAAGAGGAGGAGGUCAAGAGAAAGAGGAGAGCAACGGAGAAUGGACGGCGAAGAGAGAAAUUUGUCCCUUUACGAGACCAAAGGAAGCACAAAGAGAGAGAGAGAGAGAGAGAGAGAGAUGGGACAAAGAGCUUUAUGGGCCAGACCUCAAGGAGGUGCUGUUGGCACAUGGCAGGAAUUAGUGCUGGUUUUGAAGCAACAAAAAUGGAAGCUUGCUUCAAAUCAAGCCAAAAGAGAGAUGAUAGAGGAAGGAGAGGAAGGAAAGAAAGGAAAGUUGGCCUGUUUCUCUUCCGUAUCUGUAAUGUGAAGCAGUCCUUAGAGGACUGUCAAGAGGGGAAUGCUUGAAAACAAAAAAAAAAAAAAAAAUAUUUAGUAUACAUCAGCUGAAUUCAUUCACAAUGAGAGUUCUCUUUUUUUUUUUUUUUUUUUUUUUUUUUUUUUUUUUUUGGGUCAUUUCCUUCUGAAAUUUUUAAUGCUUCUUUGUGAAGCUUUGAAUAUUUUUCUUUUUUUUUUUCAUUUGCAAAGCUUUAUUCGUGUUUACUGUCUGGCAGCAAGCAACAGAACUAGUUUCAGGUUUGCUCAAAAUAUGAGCAAAAAAAAAAAAAUGUGCUCAUUUUCAGACAUUUCCCUCUAGAGGUCAGGGUUUCCACGCUGCCGAUGGCUCCCUGCGCACACGUGACCGCUUGGCGUUUCACUCGCGUGUCCACGCCAAGCGAUCAGAUCUGUGAUCCUUUCGCGUACUUCAAACUGAAGUGUUGUCUGUUCUGUUUGGAUUUUUUAAACAUCCUUCUUGUCUGAGUGUUUAUAAUGACCUAAUCCCUGUCUGUUAAAACCCAACAUGACGGGCGAUAGAGGAGACACUGGCCGGGACUGGAAAACGCCGCUACUUGAAUCAAAAGCUCUCAGUAUUUUAUCCAGGAACACAAAAUAUUCGAGGAGUUAACUCCUGUCCCGCUUGCUAGCUCUUCCCUGUGCACCAGAAAUUCGUUCCACCCUUCCGCUUCCCCAGACAGUGGCGUUUCUGACCGUAUAUAUAUGCACUUUGUAGCGUUUCCAGGCUACAUGAUCUUUACGUUUUCUGUGUUGGACAGUUUACUAUAGAACUUGUACUAUAAGACAUAGUAUUUACUGUAUAAGCAAGACAGUGUUUUGCUCCACAGUUCCUUUUGGAGGCUGUUGUACAGAUCAGUCUAUUAAACUUCUAGUGAAGGACAUCCCCGUGUUUGUGUAUAUAGUGUGUAUAAAAGUAUGUAUGUAUGUAUGCUUAUUAGAUAUUCAGUGUUCCUAUGAUUAUGCAGUAGGUUGUAACAGGAAUGAAUGAAUGAAUGAAUGUGCCGGGUUCGUUUCAGAUCUCUAGGGACGCAUCAAUACCGAUACGAUUCUCAUUUCCUCCUUAAAAAAAUUGCUCUGAUACCGAUAUCUGAUAUCGUGCGCUUUUUAUGCGACGUAGCGUAUACUUCCACGCUAAUAACCAACAUGACAUCGAUCUGGACGUAUUUCCUGAUUAACGAUUGCCAUCGAAGCUAAACAGACUCUUAGCGAAGAUAUCAAGAGGAGCUACUGUAAUGUAACUGAACUGUUUGUAAGCUCAGAACUGCGAACAGUUCACUUCUGCGAGCACUGAGACACGAGCGCUUCCUUUCCGCUCGCGCUCUUUUACCGUAAUGUAUUAAACAUGACACAUAAAUCAGGACGUAACGGAGGAUAAGGCAGUCACUAAUAUAAACAGAGCUAAAUAAUAUGUUCCGGGAUGUCACAGAGUACCAAAAAAAAAAAAAAAAAGAGUGAACUCGUAUUAAAAAUAAAUAAAUUAAUGAAAUAAAACGCUAUCGAUGCAUCCCUGUUUGUUACAUUUUUUAUUUUUUUUUUUUUUAAAAAAAUGUUCCUUUCCGUUCUUUUUUUUUUUUUUUUUUUUUUUUUUUUUUUUUUUCUUCCCCCAUUAAGUCUCGUUCAUAAUCUGUGAAUAGAAGCAAAACGUUGCAUUAUUUCAUCCACGGCGUAUUAAGAAGGAGCUCAGCGUCGAAUUCUAACAACUCCCCAAUUUCAAGCCACAAUUUCUUUAUCAUCAGCACUUUCCUUAUAAUAAAGAAGUUCUGAAUAAUCACCGUUAAUCGCAAAACCUCGUGAGUGGGCCUAGAUUAAAAAUUUCACAUUUCGAUUUUUAAAAAAAGUGUUCGUUUGUCUUCAGUAUUAAUAAAUCCACUGAGCCGGUAUAGCAAAGCCCAUCUCCCAUCAUCCUUUGCAGCUAACUAAGCUGUGGUGUAUUAUAUUAUAUUAUAGGAUUAUAUUUAAUCCUGAAUGACAAACACAUGACACGUAUUUGGCGUUACGUCAAAAAUGUCACAAAAUUAGCAUGUGUAAUUCAAAUUCAUGCACGUUUUAAUUAAAAAAAAAAAAGUAAAUAUAAGCGCUUAAGUACAUCCUGAUUAAUAAUGAUGUACUAUAAUUUAAAAUGACUAAUGAUCAUUAAAUAAGUGUUUAUUCAUAGUGCAGUAUUCAUAGAAAUAACACAUGUGCUGUAAUUCAUUAACUGAGCCAUGAACCGCUAGCUGAAUUUGCAGAAAUAUUGAUCUUCCAGAUGAACUUUAAAUGAAAUUGUACACAGCAGACACUUUUUUCGCAAUUUAUAUCAGCUGUAAAAUGUUUUAAAACAGUUUCGGAAGUUUUCCGUACGCCACAUUUACGUUUGCGUCGUAAUUCAGAUGUUAGUAAAAAAGAAAAGAAAAAAAAAAACUUAUAGUUUUCUUGCAUCUUCACACUGGGUCAACACUAACAAUGAACUGGUCACAUGUCAGCUUUUAAUGUUUUGUUUUUCUUCGUGUGUGUGUGUGUGUGUGUGUGUGUGUGUGUGUGUGUGUGUGUGUGUGAAAAUGUGAGCUUUGCUGGUUGUGUAAUAUCAUACCUCCUUUUUGUACAAAAAUGAAUAAAUAAAAAGCACAUAAAUGAA